AAAGCAAAAAAAAUAAAAAAGAAAGAAAGACCAAGAACUAAAAAAAAAAUUCAGAAUCAGUUUGUCCAACAAAAUGCUAUCAAUUGGAUUUUUUUGCGAAAAUUUUAAUUUUUUUAUUCGCAGACUACUUUGGUAAAGAAUUUGAAGAAAAAAUAUACAAAAGAUACUUUUGUUGCUGAGCAAUUGAAAACGAAAUUCAUUUCUUUAUAACAUUGGGCUGAAUUAGUUUGUGCAGCAAAAGACUUAAAAUUUCCAAAAAAAUAAAAAUGUUUGUUUUUCUGUUUUUUUUUUUUUUUUUGUUAUAUACUUUUGUUUUUAGGUAAAUGAAAAUAUGCAUAAAUAUGAAAUUAUUGCCUAUCGAUCUUCCCACUUUCGUGCUCGCUCUCUUCUCGCUCUGCAUCGUCGUCGUUUCUGCAGCGGCAGCUGAUCAUAAAGAGCCAUGCAACUAUUCCGAUACCGUUAACAUAACUGAUGGCUUACGUCUUAAGGAUGGUUCCUAUUCAUUUGAGGGCUUGCUUAUUUCUCACAAUUUGACGGCUGCAUAUAAUUAUAAAGUCGUCGAUGGCAUUCAGCAUAGUGCUCCUAAGCACAUGCGCGGUUGCGUUUGCCAUUUAAAAUCUUGUAUAACUUUCUGUUGUCCGCCUAAAUUGCAUUAUAACGAGAGUUUACAAAAUUGUUCGGCAAAUGAGGAGCACACGUAUUCCCGCCAAAUGCAUAUUGAUGUUAAAUUUUAUACUGGCAUCGAAGAUAAGGUCAAUAUUAAUGAUAAAUUUAUUGUACGCUACGAGUUUGGAUGCAAAAAUAAAUAUGUGGACCUGAAGAACGAUCGAUUUUGGGAAUGGGACUUAUUUGAGAAUGGCACUCUCCAACGGGAAGGCAAACUUUACUCAACCGAUGAAUAUUGUUUUACGCCAUUGCAAUUUAAGAAAGUGUGGACGUUAAUGCCGUUAACUUGUCAGAGAUAUCAGAGGGGAUUUCGCGUUUGGAUUUAUGCAAUAUGCACGAGCGUUGCCAUUCUAAUAAACACCGGAAUAAUUGUAAUAUUUAUUGCCAUUAAAGAUAUACGCAACAGUAAUUACGGCGAAGGUUUAAUAUUCCAUUUAUUUUCGUUAACAAUAGCUUUAGCACUUUUAGUGUAUUUGUACUUAAAGAAUCCCCUAAAUCUUACAGAAACUGCUUGCCGCAAUGUAGGAUUCUUAGCUUAUUUCUUUUUAAUGUUGUCCUUCUUAAUUCUGAAUAUAAUCAGCGGUAGCUUCUGGGCAACGUUCUCACAAACAAUCAUACAUAGUUGGUUGUUGAAAUUAUUUUAUGGCCUAACAAUAGCAUUGGCUUUUAUACUCAAAUAUUUAGUUAAGACUAUACAAGAUUCACAAAUAGCCAGACAUUUUAAGCCGGGCAUUGGCGAUGAUUUCUGCUGGUUUGAUGUACGCUUAUGGGGCAUAUUGUUGUACGUGUAUAUACCGAUUUUCCUGACAACAGCUCUAAGCCUAUUUUGUAUUGUGAGAACGUAUUGCAAUAUCCACGAUUUGCCCAAUGGAGUGCAAACAGUUUGUGGUAAAGAUUUUAAAAUAACUAAAUAUCAUUUCUAUUCGUACUGUGUGUACAUGUUGGCCGUAGCAUCUGUUUGGAUGCGUGAGAUGUUUGCCUACAUUUUCGCCCGUCAACGAGAACAAUAUUUUGUAAUUGAUUUCUGGAGCGGUAUUUGCAUACUGAUUUUGUCUAUCAUCGGUUUUCUAUUUCUACUCUGUAGUAAUCGUUUCGCUCAACAGUGGUGGACUAUUUAUGUUUCAAAGAAGCGCAAGAGUCCCGACUAUACACUGCCGCCAAGUUUUCGGCCGAGAGGAAGCAACCGUUACGAAACUUAUAGCGAACGUAGACAAUAAAAAAAACAUUUUGUUUAUUGUUAUGUGCAGUA